GAUAUUUAUAGGCAGACAUUGUAUUUCGAUUUGUAGACGUUCAGGAUUCCUCUCACCAUCAAUACCUUCAAAAUGAUGAAAAUUACUAUCUUCGCCUUAGCUGCGCUGGCCUGCUCGCUGGCUUUACCUCAAGACGGUCAGACCCAGCAAGCGCCUGUCGAAAUCGUGAAGCAAGACUCCGAAGUUGACGUUAAUGGAUAUAAUUUCGACUUCGAGACGAGUGAUGGCACUUCGAGACAAGAGCAAGGUGAAUACAAGAACGACACUGAGCAGCAAGGUCUUCUGGUUAAGGGAAGCUACAAAUACAUAGCACCAGAUGGUCAGCAUAUUUCUGUGUCUUUCGUAGCUGACAAAAACGGCUACCAACCCACGGAGCAUACUGGAGAUGAGCAACCUGCAGGGCAAUAAAAAACCAUCGCCGCCAAUGCAAUUCUGUCUAGUAUAGACCCAGUAUAGAAGUCAUCAGAUUCAAUUGAAAUACUCGUCCCACAUUCAUUAAUUCGAUAAACCAGUAUUACAAGCUGCUAAAAACAUUAUAAUGAUUGUCUUUUGUUUUGUACGAAUAAAAAAAAACAAAAGAACUUGUCGCGUUGUACUUGCGUAGUAUAUAACGGAGGACGAUAUUAUACCGGUGGUAAAAAUUGAUGAGCGUUAUUCCAGCUCAAUUUGUUGGUGAUCAUAUAAACUCGUGUUACAACAGAAUUGCACCCAAUACCAAAUCUUAUAUAAUGUAAAACGGCUAUGAAAAUGUAAAGUACCUUUAUAGCUUUAAGUAUUGUACCAUUAUAUUGUGUUCAUGUUAAUAAUAAAUAUACUCUAAGAACGUU